GCGCGCCCUUCGACCCUACGUUUGUCCGCCGCGGGCGCGCGCUCGCACACCGGAAGGGGCGGGGUACGCGUGGCCUUAUAUACCUUGCGCCAGGCCCGUACCGCCCUCUACGGCGGAGACUGACGACGUGAUGUCUCACAGGAAGUUCUCGGCUCCCAGGCACGGGUCCUUGGGCUUCUUGCCUCGGAAACGCAGCAGCCGGCAUCGCGGGAAAGUGAAGAGCUUCCCCAAGGAUGACCCCUCCAAGCCUGUCCACCUCACAGCCUUUCUGGGUUAUAAGGCUGGCAUGACCCAUAUUGUGCGUGAAGUUGACCGGCCAGGAUCUAAGGUGAACAAGAAGGAAGUUGUGGAGGCUGUCACAAUUGUGGAGACACCACCUAUGGUGGUUGUGGGCAUCGUGGGCUACGUAGAAACCCCACGUGGCCUCCGCACCUUUAAGACAGUCUUUGCUGAGCAUAUCAGUGACGAAUGCAAAAGGCGUUUCUACAAGAACUGGCACAAAUCUAAGAAGAAGGCCUUCACCAAGUACUGUAAGAAAUGGCAGGACGACAUGGGCAAGAAGCAGCUGGAGAAGGACUUCAGCAGCAUGAAGAAGUACUGCCAGGUCAUCCGCAUCAUCGCCCACACCCAGAUGCGCCUGCUUCCUCUCCGUCAGAAGAAGGCCCACUUGAUGGAGAUCCAGGUGAACGGGGGCACUGUGGCUGAGAAACUAGACUGGGCCCGGGAAAGGCUGGAACAGCAAGUCCCUGUGAACCAGGUGUUUGGGCAGGAUGAAAUGAUUGAUGUCAUCGGGGUGACCAAAGGCAAAGGCUACAAAGGGGUCACCAGCCGCUGGCACACCAAGAAGCUGCCCCGUAAGACCCACCGAGGCCUGCGCAAGGUUGCUUGUAUUGGAGCUUGGCACCCUGCCCGUGUGGCCUUCUCUGUGGCUCGAGCUGGGCAGAAAGGCUACCAUCAUCGCACAGAGAUCAACAAGAAGAUUUACAAGAUUGGACAGGGCUACCUUAUCAAGGAUGGCAAGCUGAUCAAGAACAAUGCCUCUACCGACUAUGACCUCUCCGACAAGAGCAUCAACCCCUUGGGUGGCUUUGUCCAUUAUGGUGAGGUGACCAAUGACUUCGUCAUGCUGAAAGGCUGUGUGGUGGGAACCAAGAAACGAGUGCUCACCCUCCGUAAGUCUUUGCUUGUCCAGACCAAACGCCGUGCUCUGGAGAAGAUUGACCUGAAGUUCAUUGAUACAACCUCCAAAUUUGGCCAUGGCCGUUUCCAGACCAUGGAGGAGAAAAAAGCAUUCAUGGGACCACUCAAGAAAGACCGGAUUGCCAAGGAGGAAGGUGCUUAGUGUUAGAGGCACAUUGUGUGACUGGUGGGGUCUCAAUAAAAACUUUUCCACUGA